UGGACGAAUUGUUUUGUCUCCAUAGGUAGGGCUGACUGGGUUUGAGAGAAAAAUAAUCAGGCAACGUGAAGGACAACUAUAACUCCAGAAAAACAAGGGAGGACCUCGCAAAGGGAAAGUAAGCAGAGACAGUGUAUUAUUGUGUGUAAGAUUCUGAAUAAUCAUUUAACAAGUAUGGGCUUUAACCACUCGAAAGAUAUACAAUUAUAAAAAUAGUUUUUUGUGUGCAAUUGUGAACACAACACCUCGCAGCUCUGAUGUGGUGAUAUACCGGAGUUGCCCUCCUCCGCUCAGUAUGGCAGCUCGGCGUGCAUUAAAGGCAGUACUGGUUGAUCUCAGUGGAACUCUGCACAUUGAAGACUCUGCCAUACCUGGAGCACAAGAAGCUCUCAAAAGACUGCGGAGCGCUCCAGUUGCUGUUAAGUUUGUGACCAAUACCACUAAAGAGUGUAAAAGGACACUGUUUGAGAGGCUGAAAAAGCUGCAGUUUGAUAUCGCCGAAGAUGAGAUUUUUACGUCCCUGACUGCUGCCAGAAACCUGUUAGAGCAUAAGCAUCUUAGACCAGUGCUGCUGGUGGAGGACAGCGCCCUGGAGGACUUUCAAGGAAUCGACACUAGUGAUCCCAAUGCCGUGGUGAUAGGAUUAGCUCCUGAGCACUUCAACUAUCAGACAAUGAACAGUGCCUUUAGAUUAAUUCUUGAUGGCGCUCCACUGAUUGCAAUACACAAAGCCAGGUACUAUAAGAGGAAAGAUGGUUUAGCGCUGGGACCGGGGCCAUUUGUCACUGGUCUGGAAUACGCUGCGGACACAAAAGCAACUGUAGUGGGAAAACCAGAGAAAACGUUCUUCCUUGAGGCUCUCCGAGACCUUGGCUGUUCUCCAGAGGAGGCUGUUAUGAUCGGUGAUGAUGCAAGAGAUGAUGUUGGUGGUGCACAAAAUGCUGGCAUGCUGGGAAUAUUAGUGAGAACUGGUAAAUACCGACAAGGAGAUGAAGGUAAAAUAAAUCCACUGCCCUAUCUGACCUGUGAUGGCUUUCCCCAAGCGGUGGAGCAUAUAAUUGAGAACCUUCUUUGACAGGAGGAAAUAGUGGACAGCAUUAAAUACUUGAAUAAUAUUAGUAGACAAAUACCUUGGGACAAGACAAGUAUGUAUUUAUCAAGAAUAAUAAUCAAGCUGUAAUUAUUUUGUUAUGAAAAAAAAAAAACAUGUAAAACUAUUUUAUAAGUCAACAAGUGUGUAGCAUAUCUUUUAUUGUAAGAUCCUGCCUGCUCAAUCUGUGAGAAAUGAUGUCUCUUAUAAUAAGACAUCCUACACAUGACUUGACCUCUUAACUUAUAAAUCACAAAAGCAAACAUUGUAUUGGUGGUAUUGUUUUUUAACCCUUAGAAUUGCGCUGUGUGCCUAAUUCAAAAGCUAAUGUUAAAUAAAGGUGUUUAACACCAUAUGAAGGUGUGGGCAUGGAUCGUCGCUGCUUAA